CUUGUGAGCUCCACGAAACCUGUGCAAAUAUGAUUACCAUCCUAUGCCUAAUCGUUGCACUUGUUGGCAACGCCAUGUCCGUGUACGUGCCGACAUAUGCAACGCCAGUGGCCAGCUACCCCGUCGUGCCAGCAGUAGCGGCUGUGCAGACCGCUCCCGUAGCGGCUGUGCAGACCGUUCACCAGGUUGUGCCACCUACUCACACUGUCCAGAGCUCGGCCAUCGUCCACAACGUGCCUACCCCGUACGGCUACCGCACAACCGGCGUUAGCCACACCCACAGAGUCGACGUACACCCAGGGCGUGUCCACAUCCUGCAAGGGCUCGUUCCAUAUGGCCUUAACUACGGCCACGGGCUAGAUGCGUUUGGUUACCCUACCGUGCUUAAGAAGUGGUUUUGUGACUCUGCUGCUCUCCUUGGCGAUGCCACGGCAGCUUGCGUCCCCACGCAUGGCUUACCGGUGGCCGGCUACCCAACCGGGCCAGCGUUCACUACCAUAAACGCUGCACCCAUAGCAGCAUUUCAGACUGUCCAGAAUGCCGCACCAGUGGCACCUACCGUUCUCAACGUGGCUACCCUGUACGGCUGCCGCAUACCAGCGUUAGCUACAGCCACAGAGUCGAAGCCCCGCCAGUGGGCGUGCGCUGUAUACGCUUACGGCUUCGCACCGUACGGCCUCACCUACCGAUAUGGUAUUUACGCAUUUGAAGGAAGUACUGAGCUGUGA